AUGUCUAUUAAUGCAAGUGUCGUUCGUCACGGUGAAAAUAAAGAAAAUUAUGACCCUUCUUCAAGUACUUUUUCACGAAAUGGCACUGGUAGUGUUCUUCGCCCAACACAGAAAGUUAGACAAACUAGAUCACAAAUAAAUGGUCGUCCACCACUAUUAGAAAUUCCUGUGAAUAGUUUGAGAGGAAGAAAUAAUGAAAUAGGAGAAAAUGUGUCUGGUCGUAAUGCUACAGCUACACCUCAAGUAAUGAAUAAUCAUAGUCUGACACAAGUUGGUUCUCAUGUUACUCGUGUUAGAAAUGAAACUAUUAGACAUCAACAAACUAUUGAACUGAGAGGUGCUGGAAGGUCAUCAAUUAAUCGUCGUACUACCCAUACAUCUAACAAUGAAGAUGUUCAACAUAAUUUCAUCCAAAGAGGUACAAUCAACUCUAUCCUUACACCUAACAGUAAUGAUGUUCGAUCUGAUUUUAGACAAAGAGGCUCAAUCGAUUCAAUUAAUACUUCUCAACCAAUUAUCAAUAAUGAUCGAUCCGCUAAUUUUCAUCAAGAUCUUCAAAUUAAUCAAAUUAACGCUAAUAGAAAUGACUAUUUAUAUAAUUUUAUCG